GUGUUGUUGGUUCAUACUUUGAGGAAGGGAAAUUCGUAUGUGGAUUUCCUUGCCAUUUGCCAAGCGUGGAGCUCUCCAUAAUGAGCUGUUUAGGGUGUUGCCUGCUCCGAUUUUGGGGGCUAUUUCGUUGGUGUCGGGGAACUCCUUAUCACCUGCAAGCUACACUUAUUAAGGAUGCCUAGGAUUUUCUUAAGCACUAAUGGGUGGUGUUGUUGGUUCAUACUUUGAGGAAGGGAAAUUCGUAUGUGGAUUUCCUUGCCAUUUGCCCAGCAUGGGGCUCUCCAUAAUGAGUUGUUCAUGGUGUUGCCUGCUCCGAUUUUGGGGGCUAUUUCGUUGGUGUCGGGGAACUCCUUGUCUCCUGUAUGCUACACUUAUUAAGGAUGCCAAGGAUUUUCUUAAGCACUAUUGGGUGGUGUUGUUGGUUCAUACUUUGAGGAAGGGAAAUUCGUAUGUGGAUUUCCUUGCCAUUUGCCAAGCAUGGGGCUCUCCAUAAUGAGCUGUUCAUGGUGCAAAUGUUACUCUCUGGUGCGGCAGAUUUUAUAUAUGAGAGGGGCUAGGGACUAGGUUUUCAUUUCUUGUUUUUGCAUUUUUUUUUCAUUGGGGCUCUGCUCCGCUCAUCUACAAAAAAAUAAAUCAUUUAUAAUCAAUUUGAUUUUAAGAUUUAUUUUAUUUAAACUUUUUUUUAAGUGAGGGUGUUAUAGACCCACAAGAAACAGAAAAAAAACAAAUAGAAAAUAAAAAACACAAGCACGAACUACUCUCACUCAAACAAACACCCUUAGAAUUAGCCAUAAGAAGCUGAUCCGAUCCAACUGGAGGAUUAUGCGAGAUCACCAUAAAGUGAAACUAUCUUAACCAUGAAAUAUGCACAAGCAUUCCCCUCUCUCAACGUAUGAACAAUGGAAACAUACCACUCCUUGGCCAACAUAUCUCGUUUGUAUCCCAAAUUAACGCAAUACAAAGAUGUUACUACACUUUGAUAAAUGAUUCCAUACAUUAGAAAAUAUGGCUUCACAGUUAUCAGGAAGCAAAUUGGCAUUGAGUCAUAAGCAUGAUUGGCUUGUUCUUCUUCUUCUUGCUGCAAUGGAUGGGGUAUUAAACAUGAUAGAGCCUUUUCAUCGCUACAUUGGGAAAGACAUGAUGACAGAUCUUAUGUUUCCAUUGAAAGAAGACACUAUACCUAUGUGGGGUGUCCCAAUCCUCUCCAUUAUCAUCCCCGUUCUUAUCUUUGUUGCGUUUUACUUUGCCAGAAAGGAUGUCUACGAUUUACAUCAUGCAAUAUUAGGUCUCAUGUUUGCUAGCUUGAUAACUGGAGUUAUCACAGAUUCCAUAAAAGAUGCUGUUGGUAGACCACGACCAAACUUUUUCCAACGAUGCUUCCCAGACAAAAUACCGGUGUUUGAUGAAGACUCUGGUGAUGUUCUUUGUACCGGGAUUAAGUCGGUUAUAAAGGAAGGAUACAAAAGUUUUCCAAGUGGACACACUUCUUGGUCCUUUGCUGGUCUGGGAUUCCUUUCAUGGUAUUUAUCAGGGAAAGUUAGAGUGUUUGAUCGCAGGGGCCAUAUUGCCAAACUAUGCCUAGUUUUGCUUCCUUUACUUACAGCUUCUCUUGUCGGAAUUACUCGAGUUGAUGAUUACUGGCAUCAUUGGACUGAUGUAUUUACUGGAGGUCUUAUAGGAAUUACCGUUUCUUCAAUAUGCUAUUUGCUACUCUUUCCCUUUCCCUCUUAUGCACAUGGUUGGGCACCUUAUGCAUUUUUUCAUAUGAUGGAAGAAGGUCAAUAUUGUUCCCGACGAGGAAGUCCAUCUCCAGUUGCAGAAAGGAUAGAUGAGAUGUCCCUUCAAAUGGAGGACAUGGAAAGUGGGACGCGCUAUAAGUGUGAUUAUUCCUGAUUUUUUUUUUCAUUUUAUAAAUAGCAAGAAAGUCUUGUUUCAUCAUUUCUCUUGUAAAUUAUGGAAAAUACUAAUAGUAAGAACUAAGAACUG